CCAACAUCUCCCUCCUCUCCACGGACCACUCCAGCAACCAGCACUUCUUCGUACGAGUUUAUUAUAUAAAUCAAUCUCCUGCGUAAUAAAUUGGGUUGGGUAACCCGUUGCUUUUACAUCUUCACAACUCAUAUCAAACCGCGGUUUCGAGAAAAUAGGGAAAUUUCCCAACGGAGCCUCUAAAAACAAGCCGUGUUUCUUUGUGUAUCCGGAAGAAGAAGAGGAAGAAAAGAUCCGUCUUUGCCUCUGUUCUUGAGAGAAAUGCUGUUCAAGAUCUGAAAUUUAGCAGCGCUGGGCUUUUCUGUUUGCGGAAGAAAGAAUGGGGAGCAAAUGGAGGAAGGCGAAGAUGGCUCUGGGAUUCAAUAUGUGUCUCUACGUCCCCAAAACGAAAGAUGAAGAGGAAGAAGCGCCGCCGGGAACGGUGCCGCCGGCUGCCGGGAGAGCUUCUGAUGCUGUUUCCCUCUCACCCGACCCGACCCAGAGCUUUGAUUCGCGGCUCAUCAUGCCGACCACCCCCACCCCCUCCUCCUCCGGCCUCAGGUUGUCCAAACACAGCUCUAGAUCUUCUAAGGUUCCAAAUGGACAACUUAAUGUUUGUUGAUGUGGAUUAGUGGAAGAAUCUGGGGUGCAGCAUUGCCAUCAUUUAGUUGGCUCUUUAUAUUUGACGAUCUUUUUUGCUUGCAGUUUCAGGAAUUUCAUACACUUUCUUCUGUAACUCUUGUAAAGUUACUGUUAACCCUAUGUGCACGAUAUGCUUGACAAGUAUGAAACCGGGACAAGGCCACGCCAUAUUCACUGCAGAAUGCUCACACUCCUUCCAUUUCCACUGCAUAACCUCCAAUGUGAAGCAUGGAAACCAGAUCUGUCCAGUUUGCAGAGCAAAAUGGAAGGAGAUCCCCUUCCAGACCUCUCCACCCCAUAAUUCCCCCCUGGAAAGAGCCAGGACCAAUCCUCCUCGUCCAUACUGGCCUCAGUAUAAUGCUUUGCUCACAUCUCUGAGACGCUCUUCUUCGCAACUUGGUUCGUCAAAUGCACAUAACUCGGCAGAACCAGCAGCUGUCUUUGAUGAUGAUGAACUUGUUGACCCUGAACCGUUAUUUUGUGCUGAUAGGGCUAAUGCUUCUCAUUCUGUGGGUGUGGUAGAAGUCCAGACAUAUCCAGAGAUAUCUGCCAUUUCAAAAUCGUCAGCUUACAAAGAUUUUGCCGUUCUGAUUCAUCUCAAAGCCCCACGGUCAGACGGGUACCUGAAUUCCAGGGGCGAGUAUAUGGGGACUCAAAAUUCCCGGGCCCCGGUUGAUCUUGUUACUGUUCUAGACGUUAGCGGCAGCAUGGCAGGUACGAAGCUGGCUUUACUAAAACGGGCAAUGGGUUUUGUCAUCCAACAUCUCGGCCCGUCCGAUAGGCUCUCAGUAAUUGCUUUCUCCUCAUCCGCCCGGCGCCUCUUUCCUCUUCUUAAGAUGACUGAUUCGGGCAGGCAAGAAGCGUUACAAGCGGUCAACUCGCUAAGUUGCAAUGGCGGAACCAACAUUGCAGAUGCCUUGGUAAAGGCUGCACAGGUCAUGACUAACCGAAGGUCAAAGAACCCAGUCAACAGUAUAAUACUGCUCUCUGACGGGCAGGACACGUACACUCUCAACAAUCCGUACGGAACAAAUACGGAAACGGGUUACAGGUCAUUACUCCCUGUCUCGAUGCGUCGUGGAUCAGGUCUUCAUAUUCCGGUCCACACGUUCGGGUUCGGGUCUGACCAUGAUGCCGUGGCCAUGCACUCUAUCUCAGAAUCUUCCGGAGGGACGUUUUCUUUCAUAGAGGCGGAAGGAGUGAUCCAAGAUGCUUUCGCUCAAUGCAUUGGCGGGCUUCUUAGCGUUGUGGUUCAGGAUCUACGGAUCGAAGUAGAAUGUGUGGACCCCACAUUGCAACUCGGAUCAAUAAAAUCUGGAAGCUACAACAACUCUUUGAAACUGGGCAAAAGAGGUGGCGUUAUAGAAGUUGGAGAUUUGUAUGCCGAAGAGGAAAGAGAUUUUGUUGUUAUGAUGGAUAUACCCACUGUUCAUGUAUCUACAAACGACCAUAUGAACCUCAUGAGUGUUAAGUGCGUGUACAAGGACCCAAUUUUAAAAAACUUGGUGAAGAUGGAUGAUGUUGCUGAUGUCACCAUCAGGCGUCCUAUCUCGGUUGAUCGGGAAGAAGUUUCCAUGGAGGUCGAUAAGCAGCGGAAUAGGCUUCGAGCAGCGGAAGCUAUGGAGGAAGCCAAAGCUGCGGCGGAUCGUGGCGAGUUGACAGCCGCAGUGGCUAUAGUAGAGCAUGCCCGGAAACAGCUUUCGGAAACUGUGUCUGCCAGAGCAGGAGAAGGACUGUGUGUCGGUUUGGAUGCUGAAUUGAGGGUAAUGCAAGAGAGGAUGGCCAAUCGCUCAACUUACGAAGCCUCAGGCCGGGCUUAUGUGUUGUCGGGAUUGAGUUCACACUCGUGGCAGAGGGCAACGGCCAGGGGGGACUCCACAGAGAGCACAAGUCUUGUGCUUGCUUACAAGACGCCUUAUAUGGUGCAAAUGAUUAACCGGUCCCAGAAUACAGCUUCGGGUAGUUCCCGACCGCCACUACGGCAAGCACGGUCCUUUCCUUCGCCUCCUCGACCACGUUGAUGCACCUGUUGGGCACAUAGUCUUGCAACACAUGAUUCUCAUUUGUUUUCUUUUCUUAAAAACUCCUCUUUCGCUAUUUUUGCUUUCUUUUAAUAUCUACAUAAGCGGAAUUUUGGAUGCAGCUGGUCAGUAGGAAAUGGUUCUUUGAUUUGGGGGGUAUAUUUUCAUGUUUUUCUUUGGGGAAGGUAAUUGGGAGGAGCCAGGGAUUUGAAAGCAUUGUACAUACAGAGAUAAAAUUCAUGCUUUUUUUGUUGUCCCUUUUUUGUUUAUUGGAUGAUGAUGAUGAUGGAGAACUAAUUUUGGACUAAUAAUAGUACUUAGGGCAAAGGCGGUAUGUGGAGUAUUUAAUUUGUCGAUGUAUGAAAGUAUAUCUGUUCUUUUCACCAUUGGUUAACAUGUCAUAUGCUAG